AACACUGUUUUACAAUUAGCUCUUGUUGGCUGUUCACUGGCAGCCCCUGUCUUUGGAUUUGUGGAUCAUCCCCAUUUACAAUAUCUUUGGUACACAGUCGCCUGUUCAACUGUCAUGUCCAGCAUUAGUUAUGUUAUCAACUUCAAAGCCUCUGUAAAAUAUCUCAAUAAAUAAAUUAAUCAACUAUUUUGAAUUUCUAAGCGCUGUUUCUUUGAUGAUUGUUACCCCUUAGGCGUAUUUUCCUUUGGAGACUUAAUUACCAGUUUGAAAGUACAGCUUAUUAGUAAUAGCCAUGGAUGUUUUCGUCUAAGAUAUUUUUUUGGGAGGAAAAGGGGUGGGGUUUUACUUUCGCGAAGCAGGUCUUAGUGGUAGGAAAUUUUAAAGCAAUUGUUGUCUGUCUUCGCUUGCACCCGAUCGCCUUCACCCAAACGAUAUGGCCGGGUUUUGAGUAACCUUCACUUAAAGAACCAUUUCAGAAGUCUCCGUUUAAAUUAAAACGAGCAGCGUUUUCCAAAUUUCCAGAAUGACCAGGUCAAAAGAAUUUGCGUUGUGAAACGAAAAUGUGUUAGGGCCAACAUAACCUUUUGUACUGGCUUUCACAACUUGCAGGAAGGAAUUUCUGUUAAGUGCACAAACUUAUUUUAUUCUCCGUAUGCAAAUUCAAAGUUUGAAGAAGAAAGACAUAGCGGAAAAUGCUUUCACAUGGAAUCACCCGCACUGGAGCGAGGAAAUUACCCAUUGUCCUUUUUGUAAAACCUACCAAUUGAGUAACCACACGCACGCACGAAGAGAUAGGAGAUAAGACAACGAAUUACAAUUUUUGUUCAAUGGUGUGGAAACUAAUUUAAUACCGCGUAUAUUACCAUAUUGAUAAGUGAAUUUUAUAAGCUACUGGCGUGUAAUCCUGGGAAACGGCUCUGAGGCAACGCAAAGAAGGAAAGAAGAAUGGUUUUACUCCCAGAUUUCAUCAACGUGUGUGUUUUGUCUCUCGCUCUCUUCACCUCGAUACUUACCGCCGAAGAACCCAAGUCAGCUCUACACGAUGCCAAGGUCACCCACGAUAGAGAUCACAUCAAAGAGCAUCUUAAAGACGAGAUAGACUUGACAGAAGACCAAAUGAGCGAUGAAGACCUGAUGUUUCACUACUUCAGGCUCCACGAUUACGACGGCAACAGAAAACUGGACGGCCUUGAAAUCAUGCACGCUUUAAGCCACUAUCAGAACGAAUCAGGAGUAACUGACAAGGAAUCCACUUCAGAAGAGGAGAAUGCGAAAACGGUGGAUCAGAUUUUAAGCAUGGAUGACUUAGAUUCUGAUGGAUAUAUCGACUAUCCUGAAUAUGUUGCAGCAAACAAGAAACACGACGAAUUAACGAAGACUGAUUCGGCACCGAAACCUGAGUGAUUAUUGUGCGUGACUUGAAUAUCAUUCUGGUUCACGUGUGUUUAGGACGAGACUAGACCACUCCCUGAACCUUCCCUCCCCGCCUGGUUUCAACCCCAUUUAGAACGAUCUCUUUGCCGACGUCAUUGUUUACAUUUUUCCUCUUUAACGUACGACUGGCAUCACGCCAGACGCAAAUGGACUACAAACAUUUAAAGAGCUUGUGACUUUUUGGGUGUAACAUUCGAGGAGAAAUCGGCUUUCAAAAACUGGGAAAUUGCUGGGCGGCAAAAGCGCUGAUGAGCUCAUACUGAUUCUUUGUUACAUUUUGAGUUUUUAAACCGCGUUGCACAAAAAGUAUUCAAUACAUCGGGAUCAAAUUCCUUGGCACAGUUAAU